AUGGAGGACGCCCCUGCUACAAAGAAGAAGAGACUUCAAGGUCCGCGUCAUAAAGAAUCUACUCCCAAAGAAGGAAAUGAAGACGAUGGUGACCACAUAAGCUGCCUCCCCAAUGGCAUCCUAGCAUUUUUUAUGCUCACCCUGGACCUGCCCGAUGUUUUUGCAUCCCUGCACAACUUGGCUUCAGUCCCCACCCUUAAUGGGCUACAAGAACUUGAGUUCCACAUCCCAGAAGUUGACUUUACAUUGUCACUAUAUCCCCCACCACCAGCAUCCAUCUUUCGCUUCUCAUCUACACUCUGUAUUGUCUCCUUUGGUGGAUGCUGCCUCCCAGAUAUCAUGGCCAAUCUGCUCCAAUUCCCCAACCUCCAGCAGCUUACACUAUUUGAUGCUAUUAUCUCCGAGGAGACCCUGCAUGCCAUGCUUGAUAGUUGCCCCGCACUCAAGAACUUGCUGAUGAAAUACAAUGAAGGUUUUCGCUGUGUUCGGAUCAAUUCCCGAUCCCUUAAGAGCAUAGGUGUUCAUACCGAUUCUUUUCGGCAUGGUCCCACUCUAGAGGAGCUUAUUAUUGAGGAUGCCACAUUCCUUGAGAGGCUUAUCAGUUUUGAGCGAUAUACAGAACAAUCAGAAUUUGUGACAUUCUUUGUGGAGAAUGCAAGAAUGCUUGAGUCUAUGAGGUUUGUGGUCCCAAGCUGUUUCUAUCGUGACAAGAACUGGAUAAGAAGGCAGCAUAGACAGCUCAAGCUGGACAAGAGCUCUUCCAGAGGUCAUCUCCGACUAGUCUCAUCUCCAGGGCCCUGCGAACGAGCACUAUCAGCAUUUGCUGGUUGCCAUUCAUAUUCCACCAGCAGCCAUGGCGUCCGUGACAACAAUGCUAUCGGGAACAAGGAAAAGAGCAAGAGGAGGAAGAGGAAGCAAACAGCCAAACAAGGUGUGCUGUCUCCACCAUCAGAGGAGGAAUUGUCGACUGGGAUGGUGAAUAAUCUGUACCAAAGUGGUGACCCCCUUGGGCGAAAGGAGCUUGGCCAACGCGUGAUCCGAUGGCUAAAGCAGGGCAUGCACCUAAUGGCCUCUAAAUUCGCUUCCUCAGAUCAGUCAGAGACAUUGUGGUUUGAUGGCCAUAUGGGGUUUGUGAUGCAGGCACAGGCAUGCCUUUCUGCCACUCCCAUGCCCAAGGGACAGGAAGCUCUGUGCUUCAAGGCCUCUACGCACUACCCCACGCUCUUCGACAACUUUCAGAGAGAACUCCGUGAUGUCCUGCUGCAGCAGCAAGAAGAGGGCCUUGUUCCUGACUGGCGCUCUACACGUUCGUGGAUGUUUCUCAAAGAAAUAGCUAGAUCAGCUGAUCAUCGGAUAGCUGCACGCAGAUCUACAACUCCUGUUUUGCACAGUACACUUGGCAUAAGCCUGGACAAGACAAUGAUAAUGCAGGCUAAAAUAGAUGACUUUGUUCAGAAGAUGACCGGCCUUCUUCAACUAGAACGAGAUGCAGAACUGGAAGUAACCCAGACCACCCAGGAUGAGUUGAGUGCCAGUUCAAUGAUGGAUGGAAAGUCAAAGAAGCCAGUGGAGUAUUUGGUAACUCAUGGUAAGGCCCAAGAGGAGUGUGACACCAUUUGCAAUUUGAAAGUUAUCAGCAGUUCAACUGGAUUAACUGGUCAACAUCUAGUCUUAUUUAGAGUCGAGGGAAGCCACAAACUUCCUCCAACUAGACUCUCUCCUGGAGACAUGGUUUGUGUGAGAACGUGCAACAGCCAGGGCGAGGUUGCCAGUACUCCUUGCAUGGAAGCCUUUGUCCAUAAUCUUGGUGAGGAUGGAUGCAGCAUUACAGUGGCAUUGAAAUCACGCCGCGGUGAUCCUACCUUCUCCAAGUUUCUUGGGAAAAUUGCGCGUAUUGAUCGCAUACAGGCUCUAGCAGAUGCAGUUACAUACGAGCGCAAUUGUGAAGCACUGAUGGUUCUUCAGAAGAGAGGGUUACAGAAAAGAAAUGCAUCCAUUGGGGUAGUAGCCACUCUGUUUGGGGACAAGGAAGAUGUGAUGAAGCUGGAGGGAAAUAAUCUGAUGGAUUGUGGUGGAUCAGAAGUACCUGAUGAUGGUUUCUUGGAGAGGCACAGCUACAGCUUUGAUACCUCUCAGUCAAGGGCUCUUGCACUGGCCUUGGACAAGAAGAGGCCUGUCCUAGUUAUCCAAGGGCCUCCUGGAACAGGAAAGACUCGUUUACUUAGCUAUCUUAUCACAUGUGUUGUGCGCCGGGGUGAACGUGUUCUCGUGACAGCUCCAAGCAACGCAGCGAUUGAUAACAUAGUGGAGAGUUUAUCAAGAAGUGGACAGAACAUCGUACGAGUUGGAAAUCCUUCUAGGAUAUCUCCAUCUGUCACUGCAAUGUCCUUGGGAGAGAUUGUUACCAAGAGGCUUGAAAAAUUCACCCAAGAGUUUGAGAGGAAAAAAUAUGCCUUGAGAAAGGACUUGAAGCGUUGCAUACAGGACGACGAUUCUUUAGCUUCAGGUAUUCGUCAACGAUUGAAAAAGCUCGGCAAGGACUAUAAGAAUGAGGAGAAGGAAGCAAUCAGGGAGGUUCUGUCAAAUGCUGAGGUGGUGCUAUCAACUAAUACAGGGGCAACCGACCCACUUAUCAGGGGAAUUGGUUGCUUUGACCUGGUAGUUAUAGAUGAAGCUGGACAAGCAACUGAGCCCUCAUGUUGGAUCCCUAUAUUACAGGGAAAGCGUUGCAUUCUUGCUGGUGAUCACCGUCAGCUUGCACCAGUAGUAUUAUCAAGAGAGGCUAUGGAAGGUGGGCUAGGAAUGUCUUUGUUAGAAAGGGCUUCAUCACUACAUGAUGGACUGCUCACUACGACAUUAACAACACAAUACCGAAUGCAUGAAUCUAUAGCUAGUUGGGCAUCAAAGGAGAUGUAUGAUGGAUUGGUCCAAUCGUUUCCAUCUGUUGCUUCUCGACUUCUUGUCGAUAAUCCAUUUGUCAAGGCCACCUGGAUGACUCAGUGUGCCUUGCUUUUACUUGAUACUCGAAAGGCAUAUGGAAGUCUAAAUAUUGACUGUGAGGAGAGUAUAGACCCAACUGGUACUGGUUCAUUUUACAACAAUGGUGAGGCAGAUAUAGUUGCACAGCAUGUUCUCAAUCUUAUACAAUGUGGAGUCUCUCCAACUUCAAUUGUUGUUCAGUCCCCUUACAUCGCACAAGUACAACUGUUACGGGGAAGACUGGAAGAAUAUCCAGUGGCUUCCGAUGUUGAGGUUUCAACAAUAGACAGCUUCCAGGGUCGGGAAGCAGAUGCAGUUGUCAUAUCCAUGGUUCGGUCAAACUCCUUGGGAGCAGUAGGGUUCCUUGGUGAUAGAAGGCGCAUGAAUGUAGCUAUUACAAGGGCAAGGUCACAUGUUGCAGUGGUGUGCGAUACUUCUACUAUUUGUAACAAUGCUUUCCUGGCCAGGCUCCUUCGCCAUAUCCGGCAGCAUGGUCAGGUCAGACAUGUGGAGCCCGGUUCCUUGGAUGGGGGCUUUGAUCCACUAGCCUUACCCUCCAUAGGUUAG